AUGCCACUUAACACUACCGAUGACAAUAACUCGAUUACUCCAGCAAAAGCUCGUUGGAAAUUACUUUCUUCCAUAAUUUCAUCCAAUGAUACGAAUUCCUUAGUGAUUCCCACAAAAUUUUCUAAAAGAAACCAUCAGGGAUUUAACCUGUUUUCGAAAACAAAACUUGAUCAUUCUCCUUUAGAUGAUGUUGAUAAAAUCGAAAAUGCUACUUUGGAAAAGAAAACCUUGACAAAUUCCGAAAUUUGCCUUGAUAAGCAUACUCCAAAGGAACACCAUGAAUGGUAUUCUUAUUAUUUAGAUGAUAAUGAUUGUAUAAAUAUUAGAAUAAAAAUUCCUAAUUAUUACGAUAUGAAGAACAGUCUUUAUUCUAAAUAUUCUGGGUUUUUAUCUACUGGUGGUGGUAUGUGUGCAUUAGCAGGUUUAUUCAUUGCUGCAAAGUGUCAGCCAUCGAGUGUUACAUUAACUGAUGGUAACCCUGACUGCUUGUCUUCAACAGAUUUGUGUGCCAAGCAAAUGAUUUGGGACUGUGAUACUCAUUAUGACAUAACGUAUGAUGUCGUCUUAUGUGCAGAUUGUACUUUCGACAAACAAACACAUUCACAUCUAUUACACGUUAUACGCUCUAUUCUAAAAAAGCCACCAAAAAAUAAUCCGGAAGAAUGCUUAUUUCUUCUCUGCGCGCCAAAACGGGGUGAUAGUUUACAAGAAUUUAUCUCUUUAUUAGAAGCUCAAGGUGAUUUUCACGUUAAAUUGCUAGAAAGAUAUGAUGAUUUUAUAUGGAAAGCUCAUCAACAAAAUAUAGCUGAAAAUUCAGAGCAUUAUGUUCCUGAUACGCAUUACCCUUUAAUUAUGCAAGUAUAUUGGCGAGUAUAA